CAACCUUCGUAAGCUGCAUCUGCAUCAGCCACAUAAAGCUUUCAACUCCGCAUAGGCGUAGCCUUGCCAAAGAAACGUUUAUGCUCGCUGGAAACAUGAAGAUCGAGGAAACCCCGCCCGAAGACGGUGGUCUUCACGAGAACCAUACGCAAGAGGAAGAACACCCGGAAGCCGAUGACGAAGUUGAACAGGAUGAAGAGCGGGAGGCGCAUGUGAAGGUGGAGAAAGAAGUUAAGACGAAGCGACGGCCACGACGGGAGGAUAGUGGCGAUGAGGAGUAUGUCGAGAGGAAGCAGGAGAUGAAGAAACACAAAUCAAUGAAGAAAGCGAUGAAGAGAGAGAUGGACGCCGACCUCGCCGACCCCAAGCGCGAUAAACGAGCCUACAAUAAAUGGACGGCCGAGGAAGAAAGGAAACUUCUCCGCGCUAUUCUCAGUAUGGGUACUCAACAAUGGAUAAAGGUCGCUGAACAGGUCCCUGGCCGUGACCCCAGCAAAUGUCGCACUCAUUUUCAGGGCAUUGUGCAAAGCAGAGAGAGAACGUCAGGGAGGGUGAAGGAGGAAUGAGGAUUAGCCUGGAAGGAGCUUACGUUGAAUUCAGCGAUCGUGCCCAAAUGAACCUCAGCGAUCGCCACAAGUAUCAUGAAGAAAAGCGAGCCUGGCGAGAAGGCGUACAGAAACGUGCAAAAGGAACGAACAGGAGCAUUUCUUUUUUUGGGGAAACGAAAACGGGAGCGAAUACCUGGCGGAGGAAGCGUUCGCAGUAGCGCAAUAUGCCUAUAAUGGCUACACGUAGGCUUUUCUACUAUAUAGGCCCACUUUUGUAGUUCUUAGCCUAACAUGAG